AUGAAGGACACGCGCGAGCUCUUCACGUGGACAGCUGAGCAGAAGUUGUAUGCGAUCAGGCUGUGGGACGCGCUAGAUGGGCGACGACAGAGGCGCUCAGACGGGGCGCUUCUUGCGUCUAUCAGCUUGUUCAUCUUCACGACGUAUCAUCUGUGGCGUUGUCUACUGGGCCGCUUGCGGACUGCAAAGAACUACUCGUACAGCUGCUGGCGAUGGGUGUACUGCGUGCGGGUGCUCGCUCUAGAGAAGCUGCUCCCAGGAGGGCAGCGCGACACGCAGACAGAAGAAGACCGCGACAGUUUUCUGGCAACGCGGCACAAGCAGCUAGCAGACGGCACGUUCAGCCCGAUGAGCGAGAUGAUCAGCAUGCUGGCGUACGGCAAACACAUUGGACUUACAGCCGGCAACUCAGGCAACGCUUACUGGUCAGAGGACAAGCAGACGUUCUAUCUGAACGGCCGACUGAUCGUCAUCCGCCGCUUCUGCAAGAUGGCGCAGGACUUGUUGGCUGAAACAGAGCAGAUGUAUGAAGAGCGCCAGAUGGACAAGUAUCUAUCGCAGAGAGAUCAGGCUAUUCACAGCAGCGAGGAGUUAAGCGGCGAUGGUGCUGGCACAGAGAGCGAGUACAACGACAGCAACGACGACAACAAUGCUGAUAGCGACGGCAAUGAUAGUGUUGUGCUAGAGCGCUGACCGCGUUAAAAAGCGCUGACAGACAUAAUGAAGGAUGCGCGUGAAGUGUUUAGCUGGAAGGAGGAUUAGAAGGCGCUGGCGAUUGGCUGUGGAUUGCUCUUGAUAACGGUGACGAGCAGCUCAAAUCACUGUUCUGCUGGACUUGCUGAGUUUGUUCAUACUUACGAGCUAUGGCAAUGAGGUGUUGUUAGCUGGAUUGGUGCAGUUUCUUGCUGUGCUAGGAUAGACACCAAGACAAAACGCUUGCGCACUGCAAAGAACUACUUGUAUAUGCUAGCAGGGAUGGUGUAUUGAUUGCAUAUGGGUGGUUGGAGUUGAGAAGCUUCUUCCAGCAGGGCGCGAUGAGCAGAUAGAAGAAGCGCGGGACAGGUUCUUGGAAAUGCGCAAGAAGUAUCUGGCCAACGGCUCGUAUAGUCCGACGAGUGAGAUGAUCAGUCUUCUAGCAU